AUGGCCUCUCUGGACCUGCCUUAUCGCUGUCCGCGCUGCGGGGAACACAAGCGUUUCCGGAGCCUGUCCUCUCUAAGGGCUCACUUGGAGUACAAUCACACCUAUGAAACUCUCUACGUCUUGUCUAAGACGAACAGCAUCUGCGAUGCCACCAUCUUCCCUUUGCUGACCGAUGCCACCCUCUUGAGCCCAGCCACCCGCCGUGACAUCUUUGAAAGCACCUCCUUCCAGGGCAGAGAGCAGCACCUCACUUGCGACCUCCUAGCAGCCGAUGAGCUGGAGUCCUCGUCGUCUACCGCGUCGUCCCGCUACUUCCACGAGAUCGAGAUCCCGCUGACGGAGAUCUUCACCCGCAAAGCCAUGACUUCUUCCGCUACACCUCCAGCGGCCACCGCCGCCUCCUCCGCCGCGGCGACCGUCACCGCAGUGGAUGCAGCUUAUGAAGAAGGUUUGACCCGUUUGAAGAUCCGGGCUUUUGAGAAGCUGGAAGUAGACAAACGUUUGGAGAAGUUCACCGAAGAAGUGGAGCAGAAGAUCGCCUCCCAAGUGGGACGCCUCCAGGUGGAGUUAGACCGCAAGACCACCGAACUGGAGAAAGCCAAGCAAGAGAGCCUCAAACUCAGCCGUGAGAAACAAGAAUUGGAGGACCGGGCAGUAGAGCUGUCCCGCCAGGUGGAUGUCAGCGUGGAGAUGUUGGCAUCCCUCAAGCAAGACCUUGUCCUGAAGGAGCAGGAGUUGACCCGCAAGCAACAGGAGGUCAUCCAGAUCGACCAGUUCUUGAAGGAGACGGCCGUCCGCGAAGCCAACGCCAAAGUGCGCCUUCAGCAGUUCAUCGAGGAGCUCCUGGACCGAGCCGACCGAGCCGAGAAGCAGCUUCAGAUCAUCAGCAGCAGUUGUGGAACCACCCCCAAUUGUAGUUUGGGAAGAUGUAGCAUGCCGGGAUCCAAAAACACCAGCCGAGGCAGAGAGAAGCAUUCGAUGGCUGACACAACCCCGCACAGCUCUUACGCCGUUUCCAAUCAGAGGUCAUCGUCCAGCACCGGCGCCUCCAGCUGCGCCAAAGCGAUCUCCCAGAGCUCGGGAUGCUACGACAGUGACAGUCCCGAAGCUUAUCAAGGAGGCGAGAACAGCAAUGGGCCAUCCUACCAGUCUCGAGGCUCAGAGAGCGGCUUUGACCGGCCCGGCGGAGUGCGCAGCUCGGCUUUGCGCAGACAGGCUAUUCAGAAUUGGCACCGCCGGCCAUACCGGAACAGCACCGAGGGCGAGGAAGGAGACAUCUCCGACAUCGGAUCCCGGACCACUGAGUCGGAGGCGGAAAUGUGGGACCUGGAGCCCAGGGUGCCCACUGAGGUCCAGCAGGUGAAUUUCUCCAGGCCAGGACACAAUUCCAGGAUGGCAGCCAGGUCCGAUGCUGGAAAAGCGGGCCGGCCGGAGAGAGGAAGCACCUCCCGUUCCAACGAGGUGAUCAGCCCGGAGAUCCUGAAGAUGCGGGCUGCCCUCUUCUGCAUCUUCACGUACCUCGACACCAAGACCCUGCUGAGGGCCGCCGAAGUCUGCAAGGACUGGAAAUUUGUGGCACGGCACCCCGCAGUCUGGACCAGGGUCUUGCUGGAAAAUGCCAGAGUCUCCUCAAAGUUCCUGGUUAUGCUGUCACAGUGGUGCACCCAGACGCAUUCUCUCACCCUCCAAAAUCUCAAGCCCAGGCAAAGGGGGAAGAAGGAGACGAAGGAGGAUUACAUGAAAAGCACACGGGGAUGCCUUGAAGCGGGACUGGAGUCCUUACUCAAAGCCUCUGGGAGUAACCUCUUGAUCCUACGGGUUUCCCACUGCCCCAACAUUUUGACGGAUCGUUCCCUCUGGCUGGCCAGCUGCUACUGUCGAGCUCUCCAAGCCGUCACCUACCGGAGCUCCACUGAUCCUGUCGGCCAUGAAGUCAUCUGGGCCUUGGGAGCAGGUUGCCGAGAUAUCAUCUCUCUGCAGGUGGCACCUCUCCAUCCUUGCCAGCAACCCACCAGGUUUAGCAACCGUUGUCUGCAGAUGAUUGGGCGUUGCUGGCCACAUUUGAGAGCGCUGGGCGUCGGAGGAGCCGGCUGCGGCCUGCAGGGACUGGCUUCCUUAG